AUGGAAUCACAACGGCGACGACAUAAUGGUUUUACUUGGCCACCGUCAUUUUUACAAUUAUUUUUUUGGGUAACAAUACCCAUAAUAGCUUCCAGUACUGCAUUUUUGCUCAUACCUUUGCAUGUAUUAUACGCGCCUAUUGCUGUUUUUAUUGGGACAAUAUGGCUUAUACUACAAAUUAUUAUAUUAACAUACAUCGAUCCAGCAGUAAGCAAUUUGCAAAAAAAUCAAGCACCAGCAUAUUUUGAUGCUAGCAAACAUGAGCAUGUUAUCGAGAAUCUCUUCUGCAAUAUUUGUUUAAUUAAUGUAGAUUCCACUUGUAAGCAUUGUCGUCAAUGUAACAAAUGUAUAUCUGGAUUUGAUCAUCAUUGCAAAUGGCUUAAUAAUUGCAUUGGUGCGGUAAAUUAUAGAUUAUUUUUAUUGUUAGUGUUAUCAGUAUGUUUUAUAUCAGCUCUCAUAUCAACAUGUCUGCUUAUCCUUAUAGUGAUAUCAUUUAUCAGUAUUGGAUUACUUCCACAUGCAGGGCGACGUGGCAUGACAACAUAUCAUUUCAUACGAAUUAAUAGAAGAUGCAUGAAUAAUCAGCAACAGCAACAGCAACAACAACAACAAGAGAAGAAUCUAUCAUUAAAUGUUAAUACAAUACCUGGUUUAAUUCCACUCGAGAAAACCUGUUCCAAAUUAGGUGUUAUUAAAUCAAGAGCUAUUCAUGAUUCGAACAUUGAUAAUCCAUAUGUCUCUUUUACAUUUCAAGAAAAUUUCACUAAUAAUGAACUCAAAUAA